UCUCCUGGCCACGCAUCGCACUCCUUGCGGCGGCGGGAGCAAUGCGCCUCCGUGCAAUUUGCCAGGCGGAUUCGCGGUCCCUGAAGCCAUUGCCGCCACCCCUUUCGAGCUCUUCCCCGCGGCUGCCCCAUCUAAUCCCUGCCCCACCGCCGCUCCUUCCGAUGCCCCCUCCGAGUCCCUCGCCGCCGGCGAUCUCAUCCCACAGCCAACGGCACCAUGGCUCAGCAUCCAGAUGCCACACCCCGACCCCAUCGACGCUCCCACCCUGCCGAUCCCACGCCCUGGCGGCGAGCGUUGUGCUCUACCCGUCGAGUACCGCCUUGCGCGUCUCUCCGCCUCGGCCGCACGGACCAGCGCCGCAUCGUCGUCGCGGGCAUCAACAUCGCCAAGAUGGUGCAGGCAUCGGCGCCAGGGUUCGUGUUCGCCAUUCCGAGGGUUGUCCAAGAAGGUGCGCUGAAUAUUCGAGGACAGAGGAGCAAAAAAAGGAAAUCCCUUUGUGCGAUCAUGCCACCCUUUCCAUCGAGCAGAAUGAUGUUGUCACCAAGAGCAUGUUUCAGGUCCCCUUCAGUGAGGCAGGAGACAUCACCAUCUGCUAUAUUUCAUACUCCACUUGACCAAGGCCAAAGAGUGACGAAUGAAAUUGAUUUAAACUUCGCACCGGAAGACUACAGAGAUGAUUCAAUUGGUCAAGAGAAUGGGGAUGAUCCAGUUGGUCAAGCGAAUGGUACUUGUGACGAUACACUUGGUCAAGAGAAUGGUGGUGGGGAUGAUCCAGUUGGUCAAGAGGAUGGUACUGGGGAUGAUCCACUUGGUGAGGGGAAUGCUCGCAAGAAUUUACUAGUGCCUAAUGAGAAACGGAGAGCUAUAUUUGAAGCUUUGUUAGGAAGGGCCAGAAGUGGAAAUCUGAAGGGAAGUGAGACAAAAGAAGUAUCAGUACAAUUCUCAGUACCUAUUCGAACAGUGCAACGUAUUUGGAAAAAAAGGCAAAGGCUGUCUAGACCAAGGUCUUGGAGUUGAUGUUAGCACUCGAAAAAACAGAUGUGGCCGUAAGCAGAAAGUGGUGGAUGUUUCAAAGCUUCGAGAUAUUCUGUUGUCAAGCCGUACAACAAUAGAUGAUGUUGCUAAACACUUGGGUGUCAGUAAAGCCAAGGUUCAAAGAAUGAAAAAUGAAGGUGUGAUAAAGCGUGUCUCAAACACGAUAAAGCCAUACUUGACAGACAACAACAAUAAGGAUCGUCUAAAGUGGUGCUUAUCAUGCUUGACCCGAGUGUACCUAACGAUCCUGUGUUCAAAGGGUUGUUUGAUUAUGUCUUUAUUAAUGAGAAAUGGUUUUACAUCACAAGGAAGGCAUUGCGAUAUUAUAUAGUUCCAGGUGAAGAACAACCCACAAGAACGUGCAAGAACAAGAACUACAUUCCAAAGAUUCAGAUUUUGACUGUUCUUGCCCGCCCGAGAUUUGAUUGUAAUGGGAAUUGCACCUUUGAUGGGAAAAUCGGUUGCUUCCCCUUUGUGACACACGAGCCUGCCAAAAGAUCCUAAGUGUUAACCGACCCGCUGGGACAAUAGAAAUGAAACCAAUCAAAGAUCCUAAGUGUUAACCGACCCGCUGGGAUCAACUCAAUAAAAAGGGACACUAUUCGACA